AUGGCUGUGAAGGUACCCCUAAAGAGCCUAUUACCGGUUCUAAUAGCUAUACGAUGUUUACAAUCACUUUUAAUGCGAACGUUCUUCCAAGCUGAUGAGUUUUGGCAGUCGUUGGAGCCGGCUCACUACAUGGCGUUUGGCUAUGGUGAGUUGACAUGGGAAUGGAAAUUUGGUUUGCGAAGCUACGCCUUUCCUUUGAUUUUUCAAAUUGGGUACACACUAGUUAAAUACGUUGCAGUCCUUGGGUGCGUUGUAAUCCAAACUGCGGUUGAUUGGUUCGUCCUUUUCGUGUCAACUGUGAUACCAAACUCGGAUUUGGGAUGGCAAAUGGUUAAAGAGAUGCGGAGCUUCCCGCUAGAGAUAAAAGAAUUCAUAGAAUAUCAUGGUGUGAUAUAUGUUCCUAAACUUAUCAUGGGUUUAUUAGCUGCAAUAGGUGAGUAUUAUACUAUCCUUUUAGCAGAUAAGCUCUAUAAACUCGCAAUGGACAAAACUGGCGAGAACACAAAAGAUGACAAAGAGCACGCGAGAGUUGUUAACCUAACUCUUAUAUUUACGAUCAGUAACUUCUUCAAUUGUUUUUUUAUUACAAGGACAUUUAUAAACUCAUUUGAAAUGAUAAUGACCAGUGUUGCAUUGUACUAUUGGGAUUGGACUAGCGGAAAAAAUAUUCAAAAUGCAGAUUUUAUGAAAAGUUUGAUUAUUGGUACUUUCACAUCUUUACAGAGGCCUACAAAUGCGUUUAUUUGGAUUAUUCUUGGAUCUUUCAUGAUAUUUAAUCUUGUGAAAUCUGGGAGUUGGAUUACAUUGAUUAUGCUCUUUAGGAAGGUAAUUCUAGCCACUGGUCUGUCAACAACCCUUAAUAUCUGCUGUGAUUAUUAUUUCUAUGGUUAUAUCACUAUUCCUGUUCUUAAGUUCAUAAAAUUCAACUGCACAACUCCUCUAUCAGAGUUUUAUGGUGUUGCUCCUUGGCAUUUUCAUCUUGUACAGAGUUUGCCUAUUGUUUCUGGUUAUUUAUUACCAUUGCUAUUGCAUUCCAUUCUAUGUCCUCUCACCACAAAGCGAUUUGUAUCGUCAUUUGUUAAUCCUUUCCAUCAAUUCAAAACCAUUAUCAUUAUUAAUAUAGCACUGUACUCUAUGAUACCCCACAAAGAAUUUCGCUUCAUUUAUCCCCUCCAGCCUUUUAUAGUUUUAUUAUCUGUAUUUGAUGCUGUUUGGGUAUGGAAAAAAUUGGAAUCGAAGGUAGUGAAUUUGAGACAAGCAUGGCUAAAAAAUAGUGUUUACAGAAUCCUGUGGAUCCUCCCUGCAAUAUCAAUGGUGAUUUCUUUAAUUUUAUCGACCUUCCAUGAAGCUGGGAGUGUAAGUGUUAUAGAUUAUUUGCAUUCUCUCAAACGUAUUGACAGUCUUGGUUUUAUUAUGCCAUGUCAUUCUACACCUUGGCAAAGUCAUUUGCACAGAAAUGAUAUUAAAGACCUCUGGGCAAUUACUUGUGAUCCGCCAUUGCAUCUUUUAAACGAUCCUGAUGCACAUUUGAAACUACCGUAUUACAUGGAUGAGAGUGAUUAUCUAUACGAUGACAUCCCAAAGUUUAUUCAUGAACAUUUUCCUCCACUUACUUGGAAAGGGCACAAAAGAACAUCAAAACGCUAUUCGCAUGAAUGGCCAGAAUAUCUCGUGGUAUUUGAACAUAUGGAUUACACAUUCAUGCAAGAGUUUUUAGCUGAUAGUGUCUAUGUGGAAAGUAGGAGAUUCUUUAACACAUUAUCACAUUGGGAUAACAGAAGAUCCGGAGAUAUCAUAGUUUACCAUAAAAUUUUAUAA